ACUGACGGUUCCAUACUAAAUAUGAAUUGCAAUGAUUAUUAUACAUAAAAGCCUCAAAGGCUGAAAGGCAAAGAAAUUUCUAGUAGAUGAUUGCCUUUGUUGUUUCAGUUUUAUUUUGUAUUUCUGUGUGUAAGCUUUUAUUUAAGGCGACAUCUUAUGCUGCGAAUAUACGUUUUAAUUGGACAUCUUUAGGCAAAAAAUGGAGAAGGCUGAAAAUUGGCAAAGCAAAUACUGUGUAGAGUUUGAACAACGUCCUCAGCGGACUACUAUUGGACUGUGCUCGCUUUUGGAGCAGCAGAUGUUCGUGGAUGUAGCCAUUUGCUGCGGAGAGAGGGUUUUACACGUUCAUAAAGUGGUUCUGGCUGCCAACAGUCCCUUGUUUAAGGAAGAACUGGAGAAAAAUUCAUCUGUCGAGCAUGUGGUGAUCACAGGAUGUGAUUAUACUGUGGUGAAAUCCUUAGUGGAGUUCAUGUACUGUGGAUCAACUACUAUAGCAGAUGAACAUCUCAAAUAUUUUGUUGCGGCAGCCAGGACAUUACAAAUGAAAACAUUGGAAAAUCUGACAUUUGACUUCCCCUUACCUGCCGAGAAGAUAGUGAUUCCCAAGCCCCAGUUUCUCUCCAAAAAGCCCGAAUACCCUGCGCCAGCUUCGUCCAGCAAUCUGUACAAUCCCUACAAAGACAAUAGAAAGCUCCUUAUAGAAGCUGAACACCGGGCAUGUGUUAAGGAAGCCGAGGCUAGUAGAUCGGCUAUUGCUAACCUGACAAAAGAGAUGGUAUCUGCCCAACAUGCUAAUUCUUUCAUCAUUGAAGAAACUUGCUCAGAGACCACAGUUGAGAAUUUCAUCCCGCAUCCUACAGUAGGAUUUGGUGCUGGUCAAGUGUUUUUGCCCACUGACCCAAAAGUGUCCAACAAUGUCAUUCAGUCGACCAUACCCAGUAGCUCUGAAGAACUUACUGCUGAUCUAUUGGGAAAUGAAGCCCACUCUAGUGUGAAGAUACUGUUCAAGACCAGUGAUGGAAGCUUCGUCACUGUUAGUGACGAAGUUCUCCAGAAUCUUCAGAAGGAUGAUAUGCAAUAUCAAGUGAUAGACGAAGUUGAAAAAUUAGGCGACGUUCAGGAUUUGCAACUGACAAAGGAUAUGACCAAUGCGGCAGCUGGAGAUAUACCACUUUUUCCGGAAACUUUUGAUCUAUUCGGCAAUGCUCAAACAGACUCGGCAAAUAUCACCAAUGAACCACGUGAAGUAGUGGAUAACGCUGGUGCUUUGAUCGACCCGGAAAACGUAGGGAUACCUUCACUGGACACUGAAGGGUUGAAUGAGAGCUAUCCAGUCGAAAAGCAUAAACGAAGCAUGCCUAGUUUGGACUUUUCUCCUGAUAUGUUUUUCGCUGACUGAUAACAAGAGGAUUUGUUUGGAAGAGGACACCUCGAAGCAGUGACAUGUUGU